AAUCUAACGGCUUCAGUUUCGAUUUUUAUCUAACGGUUUACGAUCAGAGUUACAACGGCGCACGUUAAUUGAAGGCGCAUCAUAGACUCACCCUCUUCUCCAUUUCAAAUUUUUCCAAAUCUUCGUCUCCAAUUCGCAUUCGCACAAACCCUACCCUACCCUCAUCAUCUAUUUCCUAUUUCCUAUUGCUUGGUACGGAGAUGAAAGUCAAGAUCUUGCGUAUCCUUCUAUGGCAUGCUGUUGCUUCGUGGACUUGGGAUGCCCAGGAUGAAACAUGUGGGAUUUGUAGGAUGGCCUUUGAUGGAUGUUGUCCUGACUGUAAACUUCCUGGGGAUGACUGCCCACUGAUUUGGGGUGCAUGCAAUCACGCAUUUCAUUUGCACUGUAUCUUGAAAUGGGUGAAUUCUCAGACAUCACAAGCGCAUUGCCCCAUGUGCCGUCGGGAAUGGCAGUUUAAAGGAUGAGACCAUGGAUUUUUUUUUACUGAGAGCAAUGUAAAUUGGUCUAGUUAAUUUGAAGACUCAUCUUCAUGUGUAUGUAUGGCAUCUUUAUUAGCUAGUCUGCUAAUGUACUUUAAUAUCUUUGUUGUUUCGGGUGAGGUGGGGAUCAAAAUCAAAGUUUAGUGCAAGUUUAUUUUUGUCACUAAUGAUGAAUGAUGAUUUUCUUUUCGUUCUCUCUUAUAGAUAGUAUGCUUCCGUAGC